GAUUAUGGCAUGGUGUGAGCUUAGCGCGUAGUUUGUACCAGCCAGCCGAGUCACCGAGAUGUACCAGCUGGAGAAGAUCUUUGUCCUGCUGUGCCUGGCCCUAGUCGGUGUCCUUGGCUUUGGCCAGUUCCAUAUGAAAACCUACCAGCUGCAGCGCAACUACAACACACAGGAGGAUUCCGGCGAGAAUGACAACAGUGUGCUGCGAACCUUUCGCCGUUGCAUGUGGGAGCAGUCGAAGUUCCUGCCCCGCCGCCUCGUAUUGCUGAGCCUGUGCUCGAAUCUCUUUUGCGAGAACAACCACAUAAUGCCUCGCUCCAGGUCUAUUUUCGUAGUGGAAAAAAUGUCUAGGCCGAAUGACUGCCUGGACAUCCUGCCCGACCAGUGCGAGCAGGGCGAUGAGGAGGAGCUGAUGUACAAGCCCUUCCCCGACUGCUGUCCGGUUUAUUGCAACCUGAAGCGUCGGAUGCAGCGCCUGCGCACCAUGCAUUUCCGUCACCGCCUGCUGCGCAACAAACAGGACGGCUCCGCGGGAUCCCCUGGUGGUGGAUCCACUGGCGGCGAUGGUCCCAACAACUCACUCCUCAGUGAGUUCGUCUACAACAACUACUAGGCGCAGUUUUUUUGGCCAAAACAAGGACGAUGCGAGGAUAUCACAGCAAAUCAAAUUAUACGGCGAUUUGUGAACUGGUCAACUUGUACUUCUCUGCCCAAAAGACAAGGAGUUGUGGGUCAUCACGACAUUGUUUUCGCUUUUAUUAAUCUCAAAAUAUAGGCUAUAAUGUAGGAUAUAAUAUAUAUAAUAUCUGGUAUAGGACAAGCUCUUUAAGAUGUUAACUUGAUUUCCGAAUUAAGUUGCUUGACUUUUAGGGAAACUUUCUAACUAUAUUGUUUUUGCUGGCUUGAGAUUGUAUUAAUCUGGAAAUAUAGAUAUUAAAUUUAGAA